AUGUCUGGAAUACGUGCCUUUUUGGGUCUUUCCCUCAUUGCACUGGUGUCAGCUCAACAGAGCAUAUGUGGCACUAACUCUACCUAUGACUACGUCGUCGUUGGAGGAGGUAACGCCGGCAGUGUUAUCGGAACUCGCCUCGCGGAGGCCGGCUACAGCGUAGCCAUUCUCGAAGCUGGUGGAAACUACCAGGUCGAUCUGCCUGACUUGCAAGUUCCCAUCAACCAAGGCCUCACGGGUGGAACGGCUCUAGAGGGGAUCAACAAGGACGUUGACUGGGGGUUCAAAACUCAGCCACAACCUGGGGCAAAUAAUCGGGAGAUUCACUAUGCCCGUGGAAAAUGCUUGGGAGGAUCGACGGCAUCGAAUGGUCUGAUCUACCAAAGGGGUACCAAGGGAUCAUACAAAGCAUGGGCCGAUAUGGUCAACGAUCCCACGUUUGAGUGGGAUAACAUACUUCAAUACUUUGAGCGCAGCGUGCGGUUCUCUCCCCCGGAUACUUCGAAGCGACUGCCAAACGCGACAACAUCUUACAACGCGAAGGUCUUCUCGCAAAACUCCAAUGGAUCUUCUAUUGAUGUCUCAUACUUGAAUGCCGUUGCUCCAUUUUCGACCUGGCUGUUCAAAGCCCUGGAAGCUGUCGGGAUUGCCAAAGUGGAUGACUUCAACAGUGGAGAGCUGCUCGGCGCUCAAUAUUCCAGCUCCACCGUAUCUCCCAGCUCUGAACAGCGGAGUAGUGCGGAUUACAUUAUAGCUGGAUCGCGCAGCGCAACCCUUCAAGUCUGUGCUCAUACGCUUGUGGAGAAAGUCCUUUUCGACGAUGACAAGCACGCACUUGGCGUUCAAGCAGCGUACAAAAAUGCCUCUGUCACCAUAACGGCGAGAAAAGAGGUGAUUCUAUCUGCUGGGGCUUUCCAGUCGCCUCAAAUUUUGAUGCUGUCUGGUAUUGGGCCUACAGACACACUGAGCUCUUUGCAUAUCCCAAUUGUCGCAGAAUCUCCAGGCGUUGGUCAGAAUAUGUGGGAUCAUAUCUUCUUCGGGGUGACCUUCCCGGUCACUCUCGAUACAUUGACACGUUACUUCAAUGACCCUGAAUACCAGACAAAGCAGGUCCUGCAGUACCUAGCUACUAAGUCUGGAGCUCUGGCCGGUGGGCUAGAUUUUAUUGGGUGGGAGAAGCUUCCAAAGGAAUACCGAUCGGAGAUGUCCCCGUCUACUCUACACGAUCUGUCGCAAUUCCCAGCCGACUGGCCCGAGAUCGAGCUGAUCUCGGGCAACUUCUUCAACAAAAAUUACAGCAACGUCGCCUUACAGCAGCCGAAAGACGGUCGCCAGUACGCAUCCAUUCUCGCUGCCAUCGUUGCUCCAACAUCACGCGGGAAUGUCACCAUCUCCUCGUCCUCUGCUAAAGAAAACCCUCUCAUCAACCCCAACUGGCUCACCACCGAGACCGAUCAGCAAGUGGCUUUAGCAGCCUUCAAACAGAUCCGGAGUAUCUGGAAUAAAGGCCCCCUUCAAGAUGUUGUAGCUGGGCCUGAGGCUUGUCCCGGAGAAGAGGUGAAGUCCGAUGAGCAGAUACUUGACGCGAUUCGUGAUUCAAUUUCACCAGUCUGGCAUGCCUCCGGAACUUGCAAGAUGGGCUUGGAUAAUGAUACUCUUGCCGUUCUUGAUAGCAAGAGUCGGGUUCGUGGUGUGCAUCGACUCAGGGUAGUUGACGCGAGCGCAUUUCCCCUGCUCCCUCCGGGGCAUCCGCAGAGUACUGUUUACAUGCUUGCUGAGAAGAUUGCCUCUGAGAUUCUAGCUGCUUAA